UUAGUCUGUGGUGGUAGUGAUCUGUUAAAUGUCAAUGAAUGUCCAUCUUAAUUACAGUUUUAGGUUAUUUAAUAACCUUUCAUAAAUAUUUUUUCUUAAAAGAAGCUUGUUAUUAGGUACUUAUAUUUGGAUCGACUACACAUUUUUAAUGGAAACGUCUGAUGAAAGCUUUGCUUGGACAGAUGCUUCUAGUGAUUCUAGUAAAGAUAUGGGUUUGGUCGUAAAGCAAAAUAAAUCAGAGCAUCAUUCUGAUGAAGGAGAAGCUAGCAAUGAGAUGCCACAAUUUGUUCAAAUUAAAGAAAAAAAACGAGUAAAGAAACGGAAAAGGGAUAUGAUUCAUGAGGAAAUUGAGAAUGAUAAUAGUGAUUAUCAAAUAAACAGGUCUAUAAAGUCUGAGCCAAGCAGUGACUUUGAUGGUCCUAAAAGUAAUAAGAGACAUAAAAGUAAUGUAACCAGCAUCAACAGCAACUAUAAUGAAUCCUUACAUGAAGCUGAGGAAUACCUUAAUCUUAGAGUCAAACAAGAGCAGUGCUCUUUCAUGGAACCUACUCCAGUGAAAACAAAAAAGAAAAAAAAGUGCAAAGUCAUACCUGAAGCAAUUGAAAACCAGGAAUUAGAAAUUCAUAUUCCUUUAAAAGUGGAAAUUGGUAUUGAAGAUAACCAUUUAGAUACUUCUUCCCUUGUUAAUGGUGAACUUUCAGAAAUAAGUGAAAAAGAUGUUAGUAAAAGAAAGAAGAAGAAGAAGAAAAAGAAAAGGUCAUCAGUGGAUAAUGACAGCACUGAAAUAUUUCAAGAUCAAGACCAUAGUAAUAAGAAAAAGAAGAAGGACAAAGAAAUCGAGUCUAAUAGCAAUGAUGAUGUUGAAUUUCAAAAUGGUGUAAAUACUACUACCAGUCAAAUUAUAAGUUCAACAUUACUUAACUCUUUUCAAGAUAAUGACAAGGAACAAUCUAACAAUGAAAUACUAAGUGUAUCAACCCUUCUUAAUAGUCAGGAAUCUGUUGAAAUGGAAAAAAAAGCUUCUAGAAUAUCAGACAGAAUAAGGUAUGAAGAUGACAGUGUUGAUUAUCAGCUUGAAGAAUAUGCACCUAAAAUUGAAUUAUCAAUUCAACUUAAACAAUUCAUUAGUUCUAAUAACAAUUUAAUAGCAUUGCAAGCCAAUUUGCCAAGUAAUUCUGUGUUAAGUGAAGAUGAUGAAGUUUGGAUUGUUAAAGGACCACAUGAAAUUUCUGUUGGAGAUUUUGAGAAUACAAAUGUAACAUUAGACAGUAAGCAGAAAGUAAAGCUAAAUGGAAAAACUUAUGACAGCAUUAUAGAUACUAGCACAUGUGCAGUACCAAUCCUAUUAUAUAACAAAAAUAAAGCAUUCAUGAGAAAUAUGCCUUUAAUGGGUGUUAUUCAUCUGCGUAAAAGGAUUCCUAAAGUUCACAUUCCAUAUGAGUCUUUGAUGACAAUUAAUAAUGAAAGUAGUUUUAUUCCUUUGCCAGAUACUAAAUGCCGCCACCCAUUGUUUGGGAUCAAUUACAAAAAAGCUAUCAAAAUUCCAACAGCCAUAUCAAAACAAUUAAAUUCAUCAAAUGCUUCCUCUAAUACAGACAAUAAAAAGAAAAAAGUACAUAAAAUUAAAGAGAAACAUGAGAUUGAAUCUGACAUUGAAGUAAAACCAAGUAAUAAUGUUUUACACUCUAAAAAAAAGAGAAAAAAAAUUAAAGAAGAAAAAAAUGAGAUUGAAUCUGAAAAAGAGGUGAAAACAAGCUCCAAUUUGUUUAACUCCAAGAAAAAGAAACAGAAACUUAAAGGAAGUCCAAUUCAAUUUGACAAUGAGGUAAAAUCAAACAUUGGUGAACAACAAAACAGAAAGAAAAGAAAAAACAGUGAAGAGAUGCUGGUAGUGCCUAAGAAAGCCAAACGUGUGAAGCUAGACUUGAGCAGCGCUGAUGCAUGGGAGUCGGAGCAAGCCAUAGAGAAGACUCUCUUUGACUUUUAACAAUUACAAGUUUUAUUUUUACCAUUAAAUUGUUAUUAUUUGGCAAAA